GUCUGCCUCCAUUUUAACCAUUGUUACGGUGGCGAGAGGGGAGAUUCUGAUCAUCGCUCAUAGCAACGGAGCGGGGGGGAAGGAGAGAAAUUCCCCUCCCGUUCACCUCGACUCCCCCGCUCCCGACAUUUAUUAUUUUUAAAUCGACUCUCAUUGGGGGAAAAAAAACUUUUUGUUAUAAAAAAAGAUAAAUACAAUGACGGUUGUGGAGCCCGAGGCCUAACUCAGCUGGUGAAGCCUCGGGGUCGAAUAGGUGGGCAGUCCGUGCCGGCUCGCUGCCAGCCCGGCAUCAAUGAAGCGUUGAUGCUGAAGGUUUUUUUUUUGUUUAAAAAAAAGAUACGAAGAAAAUAAACUAAAGAACAAAAAAGACAUAACACGGCCCGGAGUUUCCUCCACCACCCCCACAAAGCAAAUAAUCCCCGGAGGGAGGAAUCUGCCAAGUUCCAGGAAACCAACCUCGGCUUUCUCGAAUCUGUUCACAAACAUGGAACCCCGUACAUGGAAAAUUUCUGGAGACACUUUGAAAGUCAAGGCCCUUUCAUGGAAGAGAUGGCUCUUCAAGACUUAACAGAUAUUUCUGCCAUGACUGACGAGGUGUACAGGACACGAAGCCAGAAGAGAGCAAUGGAACGAGAUGGUCUACCUAAUGAUGUUGACAUGAAGAAACCAAAGAUGGAAUGUUCUCAGGGAACUGAUAUGGACAGUGAACUGGAAGAAUUGAAAGAAGAGAUAAGAAUUAAAACAGAGCCUGUUGACCGGGGUGGUGGAAGGACUGCAGGGUUACUAAAGGGGCCAGGCGAAGUAAAAGCAACUAUCAAAGUAGAAGUACCAACUGGAGAUGAACCUGUUGACAUGAGUACGUCAAAGAUUGAAAUGAAGAAGGUAAAGCGGCCCCUAUCUCCGGACAUCAUUGUCCUCUCCGACAACGAACCCUCAAGUCCCAGGCUGAACGGGCUCUCGAAGGAACUAAGAAGUGCAAACACGGAUGAUAUUAUGAAGAGCACCCCAGAGGAGCGAGAAAGAAUGAUCAAGCAAUUAAAGGAAGAGCUGCGGUUGGAGGAGGCCAAACUUGUCCUGCUCAAGAAGCUCCGCCAGAGUCAGAUCCAGAAGGAGGCCACUAUUCCAAAGCCUGCUGUCUCGACAGGCACUGCCAUGGCCACCCCACCCCCGCUGGUACGGGUAAUGCUGCAUGUUCCCACUGGCAAGCCCAACUUCCAGUUAAACACCGUCCGUGCAGUGGGAACAGUAAUCCCACCACCAUUGGUUCGCGGUGUUCAACAAGGGACCUCAAAGGUUGGAUCGCAACAGAACCCACAGAUUGUGAUGCCACCAUUAGUGAGAGGAAACCCACCGAUGUCUGUUUCUCCCCAGCAAAUUCACGCCAUCAGACCACAUGCCAGCACUGCCCCACCUCCUCUGCUGCUGGCUCCCCGCGCAUCAGUGCCCAGUGUGGUACAAAUCCAGGGCCAGAGGGUUCUACAACAGGGACUGAUCCGUGUGGCCAAUGUCCCCAACACCAGCCUGCUCGUCAACAUUCCACAGGCUUCAAGUGCAAUGAAAGCCUCAACGUUGAACUCGGCUCAGUCGAAUGUCGGCAAUACAGUGACAUCUGCUGUGAACUCCAACGACUCGCCGGCCAGUCGCCAGGCAGCAGCCAAGCUUGCGCUCCGUAAGCAGCUGGAGAAAACGUUGCUGGAAAUUCCACCGCCCAAACCUCCAGCCCCCGAGCUGAACUUCCUACCAAGUGCUGCUAAUAAUGAGUUCAUCUACCUAGUCGGACUUGAAGAAGUGGUGCAUAACCUGCUAGAAACUCAAGGCAAAACCUCCGCGCAGGCGUUGGCCCAGGAACCGUAUGCCUGUUCGCAAUGUAAAACUGAUUUUACCUCUCGCUGGAGACAAGGAAAGACCGGGACGAUCAUGUGUGAGCAAUGUGUGACGUCCAACCAGAAGAAGGCAUUGAAAGCUGAACAUACUAAUCGUCUGAAAGCAGCAUUUGUGAAGGCUCUUCAGCAAGAACAGGAAAUUGAACAACGGAUACUGCAGCAGACAACUUCCAGUGUACAGAGUAAGCAAGACUCUGCAGGUCAACACCAUACGUUCAAACAGGUAUGGAAGAGCUCCAGCCAGCUGUCUCGAGGACCUCAGUCAACCACAGCCCGGGGAGUGCUGCACACGUUUAGCCAGUCAUCCCAGCUGCAGAAUGUGUCUCUCGUCAGCAGGCAGGGCAAGCACGGCGAGAGAGCCGGGGGGAAAGGCAACACCACAGCCUGGAGGAAGCAGAUCUCCAACACAGGGGUGACAAUGGCUUAUGUUAGCCCCAACCUAUCGGGCCACAAGACCUCAACGAUGGAUCGUCAACGCGAGUAUCUCCUGGACAUGAUCCCUUCACGAUCCAUCAGUCACUCAACCUCCACAUGGAAAUAGAUGCAGUGGCGGGUGGGUGGGGGUAGAGAGAAACUUUGAGAGAUGGCCGCCAUCACCCUGUACCCCUCGACAGCCGGGCAGCCCAUUGGUCAAAGGUAUGAGGCUCGGGUGACCCAGGCCAUACCCCGUACUCCUUUACAAUGCAACCAGCAUUUCUUGGCAUUUUGAGCACAAAGCAAACGGUACAACAUGUGACCAGUUAGAAAUGGGCAUUUAUCUUGCCAGAUUACAAGGAAAGCUGUAUGUGGAGAAAAGAUCCUUUCUCCUUGCUGUUUCUCUGCGCCUGUGCAUGAGUGUACACCUUUAGUGCCCCCACGCCUUUGUUUUUCACUUCAUGGCACAAGUGAAACCAUUGAAGAUCUCAUGUUCCGCAGUAGCUGUGCUUCUCUGAUGGGUCGGGAAGGGAUGCCUCCUUUCUGCCUGAGGGCAAGCGUUAUAUUCGGUGCGAGGGGUAGGGUCGAGUGCUAAUUUGGUUAGUUGGGAGUAUCGAUUCACAGCAGCAGAGGCACCUGGUGUCUCUGGGACUGAAUCUUGUUCUUGUGUGUCCCCUCGCACGAUAUAUCAGACGCAAAGACAUCUCCCAUCUUGCACCUCUAUACCAUGCUUAUAUAAUUACUCUUAGACAAACCAUGUAAUUCCUUUGGGUAUUACCCCCAACCUUCACCCACACACAGACUCAUCGGAGUUGGAAUUUGAAGGUAUGUCUGGGGGAGGGAUGAGAUCGAUGUUGGCACCGUGCGCUGGAUUCAUGCAGGGAUGCUGAUUAUUUCCAUCCCUCCUGUCACCUCCCCCCUUGCCUCAGCUACCGUGGGCAGCAGUCGGCUCCCCACACAUCCCACACUUCAAAACUGACAAACAGCAGCGCCUUUUAAUAUGUGGACGAUAAUGUGAAUCAGGAUUUUGUCUCUGUUGCGAAAUGUCCUGGUGAUGUGAAUAUCAGUCCAGACCAGGAUAUGACUUAAGCAAUUGCUAAGUGCAUGUAGAGGCGAGGAACUUUCUCUCAGCCCAACUGUUGUGGCUGAGCUGUUAUUUGGAGUGUCCCUGUGAACCUGUCACUGACACAGGCUUUCCCGUGGUCCAGAGCUCACUGGGAUAAGAGGGAAGGAGGCUUGGCUUUACACUGAAUCUCAUUGGGUUGGAGGGUGACCUGGCCUUGUGCUCCCUGACCUGCUGAGUAAGUCGAGCUUUCUUGAAUGGGACCGUAAUUAGAUGAUGGCUCAGUAAUUGAUAAUCGAGUUGUAUUUAAUUCUGGGCAGCGAGCUGAUGACAGGCAGAAUCACUCGAUAACUGAGAUGGAGGCGCACUUGUGGUACAGCAGCCACUGUAGAAGUAUCAACACCAACGCGUGGCUCCUUCCAAUCUCUACAGACUUGUAAAUUGCAGACAUUUUAACUCGCUGCUUUCCUCUAACCUGUGAAUAAUCUUUUGACAUUAAGGCAGAUUUUUUCCCCCCCCCCAAUUUUUGAUACAAAUUAGUCAUUAGUAAGACUGAAAAUAUUUUGCCAACUGUCCUUGUUUGUUAGAGAUUUUGUUUGUGUUUAAUUGGUUAGCUGGAAUGACGUAUUUAAUUCCACCAAAGUAUCCUCCUAAGUUAAUAUUUUUGUGUGCAUUUUUGCACUACGGUGAUGGAAGUGUAAUGGCAGAGUUUGUAUGCCCUGACAAUUGGAUCCAGUCAGCCUAGUUCCGCUCUUUUGUCACAAGGGGCUGUUUUUAUAGCCAAUCUCAAUCCCAACCCGUGUUCCCAGUUGUGGUGGUGGUGAUUUAGUGAGUGCACAGCGUACACCAGUGCAAGAGAGAACAGUCCCACCUCCCAUCACCACUCUGCAUUCAGAUCCCAGUAGGGGCGGUUAAUGUGUGGGUUGUCCAUUGUGUUGGGUAAAACAGUCCUGUUCCUAGUAGCAGUCCACUCUCAUCUGAUGGGAAAUCUGAUUGUGUGCAUGUGUAAAACAAUCCCGUCCCUUGUUUAAAAGGCACGCAUGUGUUCCUCACCCCAACAUUCUGAACAUCUUUCAGCGUGCUAACUUUUCCUUCUGUUGGAUUUGGGGUGUUGAGAAAGUUGUCUCUCAUUGACGUAGAGCCUCAGAUUCUCUAUAAUGCAAUGUACAUAACUAAUGUUUACGCUGGUGUACAAGUUUCAGUUUGUCCUGAUUUUCAUUUGGAUCUUUAAAGAAUAUGACAUUCAGGACUCUGGAAGGAUGGUAGAUAUGGGGGUGAAAUGGUACCCACUGCAUUCUAGCCAAGGAGGUCCAUCACACGUGACUAUGUGGCGGUAUUCUUCUCUGGUCUUUCCUGGGAGAGUUGUGUUCUUUGCUGCCUGUGCUUACUGCUCACAAGGUAAAUAGAUGUUCUUUGUCCGUGAGAGCAGACCAGUCCUAAUGCCAUCUCUCCCACCUCUAUUUGUGAAUGAAAGAUGGUUGUUUUUAUUGGAAUAUUUGAAGACUGCUUGGGUUGCUGUGGGCAGCCAUAUUCCACAUGUUAUAAGUUAAUAUAUUCCCAGGCCAAGUGAUCGCUCUGUCGAGAAUUCAUGUCUGCCUUGACUAAUUGGGAAUCCCACACUUUAUUAGAAAUAAAAAGACCUGUAAUAACUCCACCAUGUUGUACCACCAUUCCAUCUUCUCUCCUCCCCCUCUCAAAGAUGUCACCUGGAGGAGUGCAGGUCUGUGGGGAGGGGUUUGAUGCAACCUUACAGACAGCUUGCAUCUGUCUUUGUUGUGGGAACCCUCGCUCGAGGGUACACACGCCAAGCUGGGUUAGAGCAACAUGGUCGUCACCUUUUGGGUUUGUAUUCAGGGAGUGGUUUUAAAGGAAAGGUCAAGAAAGGACUUCACAUAGUAGAGCAGGUUAUACAUUGAAGGAACCACAGCCUUCGGGAGAAUGUGCCUCGUUUGGAUGUUCAGUGACAUGUUGAUACCAAAUAUUGUAGCCAGCUUAACGUUGGCAGCAGUCGCUCGGGUUGAGGGAACUUCACAAAUCCUUUGGCCCACGAAUCCCUUUUAGAUUUGAUCCCUGCCCCCACCUCCACCCCACCGCUCCCACCAAGCUCUCAGAAUUAUUGCCCAGUGGCCGGGGAAAGAGGGAGCGACGGAGAGAGGGUUUUUUUCUGAAAUGAAUGCACCAACGCAAAGUACCUCAAGAACACAUUGUCAAGAGAGUGAAAGAUUGUUUGACCGAUGGAGCCACAUUCGGAGCGAGGAGACAACUGCACAAGACAAACUCUCACACAAAAUAAUUUUUAUCUUCAUUUUUUUGUCACAAGCAAAUUUAUAUUGGGGUGACUGGAACUGCAAGAGCCGUUACAGAUCUGUCGAUACCUUUUGGACCUUCCUGUGACUAUAAUCUCUAAUAGAACAAACUUACAGAGAAAUUGCUGCAAGAAGCCUAUUCCCACUGGAGAAUUUCAAUCCAUGUUUGAAAUGGAUGAUGUAUAUUGUAUUGAGGGAUUUUUAGAAUUUGAAUGACAAAUAAACAGGACAAACAGCAUGCUGGCAUGGUUGUCUGAUCCUC